AUGACAAUGUUGGCCAGAUUGUUUAUUAGAAGCGUUAGAGAGAGAGGUGUAUGGGCAUUAGAGAGGGCAUGCGGGGGACCUAUUUUCCGUACGCGGUCGAGUGUUACGUCUCAAAUGUGUGGAUGUAAGGCACAGCAGGUGGGGGUGGCUAUGACCAGGAGGGAGUACAGUGCCAGUGGCGGCGGGGAAACGGUUAGCGAUGACCACGAGGAGGAGUACUAUGUUGAUGUGAGCAACAUUGAGAGCCGGUGGGCUGGUCUUGGGUUUGAUGCGCAACAGGACAUCAUUAGUUAUCUCAAUGUUAAGCAGGAGUUUGGAUGGGAGUAUCUAAGCAAGGACGAGAAGCGGGCCAUUUACUACAUAGCCUACGGUAAAUGGGGUCCACGAGAUCCGGCGGUGAUGAGCAGUGCCGAGUUUGUGUUCAAGCUCAUGACGAACAUGCUCUUGUUCAGUGUGCUUGGGUUUUCGCUAUUAAACUAUGCCAUUGACCAGGAGAAGAUUGCCGAGUUCAAUGGGGCUGAAGAGUCCACCAGUGAAUGA